AUGGAAUUAAAGAAAAGGUUUAAAAGGCAUAAUUUGAAAAUUUUGAAAACUAUCGGAAAAGGCACGUAUGGAAAUGUUUAUUUGUGUGAUAAGUUGAAAAGUAGCAUGUUAAAUAUAGUCAAAGACGUAGAAUUAAACGUAAAAAUUCAAGAUCAUAAACAGGAAAUAGCAAAUGAAGUUAAGAUUUUGUCGAAAAUGAAACACCCCAAUAUAAUAAAGUUUUAUGAUUGUUAUUAUUUUGAUAAAUACGUAAUGAUAUGUAUGGAAUAUGCUACUAACGGAAACCUAGCCGAGUAUAUGUAUCAACAAUGUCCAAAAUUGAUCAGACAACAGGAAAUAUUAUUCUUUUUCUGCCAAAUAUUACUAGGAGUUAACUACAUUCAUAAACUAGAUAUUAUUCACAGAGAUUUAAAAGCAGAGAAUAUACUUUUGAGUGGAAAAAAUGGUGUUAUUGUAAAAAUUGGUGACUUUGGUGUCUCUAAAAUGUUAGAAAGUGCAAAAAAAACCUCAACUGUUAUUGGAACACCUUAUUAUUUAGCUCCCGAACUAUGUGAAGGUAAGCCUUACGACACAAAAAGUGAUGUGUGGGCUUUAGGUUGUUUACUUUACGAAAUGUGUACUCAUAAAAGAGCAUUUGAAUCAGAGACUCUAGUUGGUUUGGUUAAGGCUAUAACAAGUGGAAGUGUGCAUCCAAUCGACUUGACUGUUUAUGAUAGAGGUAUCCAGGAUCUCAUUGACUCUAUGCUGUCUAUUUUACCAGAAAAAAGACCUAAAAUAAAAUGCUUGAUGGGUAAAAAGGUUAUUCUAAAAAUGAUUCAUAUUGUUUAUUUAGAUGCUGGUAAUGAUGAACUGUUGAAUUUUAAAUUGAAUAAAUUAUAAUUUUAUUGAUA